AUGGCGCUGUCCCUCUCCCUCGCGCGCCCCGCGCCCCUCGCCGUCUCCGCCGGCGCCGGAGCCGGAGCCAGGAAGCUCCCCGCAGCCAGCCUCGCCUUCCCGGCCAAAUCCUUCUUCGGCGCGCCGCUGGCAGCCACCGCGGCCUCCGUCGCGUCGCCGCUCCCGGGCAAGCCGGCCACCUCCACCUCGCUCGAGGUCGUCGCGGCGGGGAAGAAGGGGUACAAGAUGAAGACGCACAAGGCGUCGGCGAAGCGGUUCCGGGUGACGGGGAGGGGCAAGAUCGUGCGCCGGUGCGCCGGGAAGCAGCACUUGCUCGCCAAGAAGAACACCAAGCGCAAGAAGAGGCUCUCCAAGAUGGUCCAAGUCAACAAGAGUGACUACGACAAUGUGACGGGUGCACUGCCCUACCUCAAAGUGAAUAGGAAAGCAAACUGA